AAAAUUACAAGGAAGGAGAUUCAGAUUGCAGAGAAAGGGGUAAGCCAACAACUGCCGUUAAUCUCGGGAGCAGUAUGCAGGUGCAGUUUCACUUCCCUCUGUAGGUCUGUGGCUGUUCAUCUGGCAGACAGCAUGGAGAUUAUACCAUCCUUCAAUUUUCCAUUUUCCCAACUCACGGGAAAUUUAGCAUCUGUGGCUCCCAUCAUACUCGUGAUCCUUCUGCUGGUUCUUUGCUCUCCCUUUAAAAAGAAAAAGCGGCAUUUGUCAACCAGAACUGUGAAGAGGGACAUAAACACGUCUGAGCUACUCAAUAUGACAAAACUGGAAGAUGGGUUGCCUCUAGAAAGGAAGUCUCUUGCAGAUCAAUGUUUACGCAAAGGUAACACUUUGCCUAGUCACCAAGCAGAGCAGCAAUCAAAUGGAUUUUCUUCAGAGCUUCAGCAAGAAAAUGCAGACUCUUCAAAGUGCACACAGGUAGUUAACUCAAGCCAACAAAAGAUGGAGCAACUGAAUGUAAGUCAUCAAAGAAACUUGGGUUCACAAGCACCAGGUUCCAACAUACCAUCCCCAAGCCCACUGCAGUUCAGGAAACUCCCAGUGACUCCCAGGGAGGCCUGCAUAUCUAGAAUGUUACCACUGACUCAAAACCUGGACAACCAAGUUUAUGAAAGCAUUGGUAUUAAAGAACAGGAAUUAUGUACCAAGGAUUGGUUGGAAGGAAGAAAGGGCUCCCAGUCGGCAGCUAAUAAAAAAUCAAUCUGUGGCACAGCACAUGGAUUUGGAGCAGGGCCUGCAGAGCUUGGUGGGAAAGAUUCUGAAGCUGCAGGAUCCAAUAGCACGCAAGCGCAGCUGUCUCCAGCUCCACAAUGCCAGGAGUCAUAUGGCCAGUUGCAGGAAAUGUUGCCUGAGAAAGAGGCCCCACCUCAGCUUGACUCUGACUCAAGGAGACUAAGUGCUAUGUAUGCUCGAGUGUGCAAGCGAACCAAGGCAUCUCAGCCAGUGCAACCUGAAAACCACGAUGAGCCUAUGGAACAAGAAGAGGAAGAACCCCCACCCAUUCCAGAAAAAUGUUUUGAGCUCAUCUAUGAAAGCCUGGACAUUGAUAGUGAAAUGCAGGUAGGGGGCUCAUAGGUAUAUGACUUUCUAAACCUGAAGGUGCACUGUAUCUUCUAAUCUAAAUAGGCAACUAUAAGUAUAUUCCACCAUGCAGAAAAGUCAGUUAUGUACUUUCAUAUGGUGUUCAUGAACCUCUGUGGUAUACAUGUGCUAGUAAAGAAUUACCUGAAAUGUAAGCUUUUUUUUUUUUUAACAAUUCAGACUGCUACUAUUUUCCAUCUUCCAAAAAAUCCUGGUACUAGAAAUUGAUUCCCUUUUCUUCCACUUCUUUAGCAAACACUUUUUCCCUUCUGACACCAAUUCUGACUUCCCUGGGAAGAGGGGGUGACUGUAAAACCAGUUUAUCUUUGUGAUUUGUAUAUGAUGUUCAUCAUGGGAUAAUACUGCUGAACUUAUCUCAACCCCUGAUUUGAUGGAUGUGGAAAGUGUGUUUUAGAAGAAAGAGCUGACAAGGGCUGAACAACUACUUGCAUAACUGAGGGUUCUUGACUCACCUGUCUUUCAUCUUGGAAUUAAGGAAACAGUAGCAGGAUUGUUAUCAGUGGUAGGUGGAGCUUACAGCUUCAUAGAAAGCAAGAGUGAUCUGUACAUUCAAGAUGAGAAGCAGCCACUUUCAGGCUUUCCAGCAGCUUGGUGCCCUCUGUGAUACAACCUCCUUUAGAUGAAUGUAAGUUGGACCUCUCCAAAUCCGGGUCCUUUCUUGGAGUAUACCCUGGGAAUUAUGGGUUUUAUUAUCCCAAACCUUCCAUAAUCUGUAAGCAUAACCUGGGUGAUGGAACUUGCAGGUAGAACAUCCAAAGAGACUAGGAUUGGGGAAAGUGGCUUUAAGUAACUCUAAAGCAGGGGUUUUAUGUGGGAUUUUACAUCACCACUCAGUUAUGGCUGUUCAUGUUUGAAUUGGAAUGUUCAGAAUUGUCACAAGCUCUGCCAUAAUUUAAUUCCCACAACUCUAAAGAGGGAGUAGAAGGAGAGAGGAAAGAAAUAAUUUCCCAGUCUUGGAACUUACAUUCACCAAACUACAACCUUGGGGUAAUUGUUUUGCUCACUAAAAUGAGAAACUGCAAUGUACAAAUGAUAGGGCACAUUUUGCAUUCUAUCAAAUUAUAAUAUUCUAAAUAUAACAAAUCUAUAGCAUGAUAGUAUCAAAUAUGUAUUUCAUCUAUUUUUAAAAAUAAUUUAUCUUCACUUUUUGCAUUGACAAAGGAAUCAAGGCAGCUAACAAAAUUAAAAUGGACUUGAAU